AGAAGGGGACCAAUAUUUCUGUCGAGGACAUUGAUGGCAUGAACCUCCUUCUCUAUUCAGCUCUUCGAGGAGAUGUAAGGUCAUUUCGCUUCUUCCUCGAAAAUGGAUUUGACCCCAACUCCCGCGCACGUGACGGUUUCAGUGUCCUCCAUGCCUCUUUGUUACGGGGAGACGUCCAAAAGACACAAACGCUCAUGGCAUACCGCCCUAAUAUAAAUGUCUCCUAUAGGGGAGGGACGCCUAUCGUUCUGGCUUGUGAGGUCGGUCCGAAAGAGAACGUGGAGCUUCUCCUGGAGAGUGGGCAUCCUGACGAGAUAGUUUGGGAUGGACAGAAAGCGAGUGACGUACUCAAAGAUAUUGAUCCUGAAGCAUAUCGAGAGAAUAUGACCCGACGCCUUCGGUCGGACUCUUCUACCAGCACAUCGUUCGAUACCCGUGCAGACCAGUUUCGGGCCCUUGCCCGCAGCAUGUCUUUGAUUUUUUGAUGAAGCUCGGGUCAUAGAUGCUCAUAUUCAAUGGCAUGUUUCACUGGUAGGAUCAUUUCAUCCUCUUUACCGCUGGAAUCGCAUCAAUGUGGAGGCUGCUGGGCAUGUCGGGUGGGGUUAGGCAUCAAAUGUUUACCAUGCGGUGGGUUUGACUCUGGAGAAAUGAGGGUAACAAAUGAAAAUUAGAGAGUGAGAUUUGGAAGGACGCUGUGGUCGCAUACCAGAUAAUGUCGGAGGACACUAUGCAGACCAAAUUCAUAAAUUGAUUGAUGACUCUAUCUUGGA